AUGAGGAUCGUGAAGAAAGGUACUCCGCUGCUGCUCGCAAAGAAAUAUUCACGAAAGGCUAGGCCCCAGGGAGGUCAACUUAAUAACCCUCACAAUGAGGACUGUGAAGAAAGGCGCUAUGCUACUCGUUCCGAAGAACCAAUUCUCGUCACCAAGUUACAGAAAAUCCAUCGCAAGCGCAGUCCACCAACACGCCGCACAGGCAGCGUAGCCGAGAUGGUCGACCCUUGCAAACCAACGAGGAAGUUACUCAGUCUUCCCGAAAUUGUAAAGGUCAUCGACGUGACCGACUAG